AUUUUAGAUUAUAGGGUUCUGAGAAAUAACGAAACUUAAACACACGCAUACACACAAAGGAAUACACGCAUACUCAACACAUCAAAUCAUAUUCAGAUAUUCUUUAGAAUAUUCGACUAUUUUUUACUUUAGUAUACAAUACUACUUAGAAGCAUCAUAACAAAACAAUUUUCUAGUCUUUUAGUUUUUAAUAUCAAAUUUGAUUGCAUCAAUAUUUUGACUAUUUAAUAUUACAAAAAAAAAUUGUACUGAAUCAUGGCAAAACCAUUAUUAAAUUCAUUCUGUUGGUGUGGAUCUCUAAGAUUUGGAUCAAUUCUUUCUGGUUUUCUGGCUAUUAUACUUUCAAUCAUUUCAAUCGUUUUAAUUUUUACAACACGCAUUGAAUUUAAGACAAUAGUCCUGGAUUGGUUACCACCAAGUGUAGUUAAAAUAAUUUUGGCCAUAAAUUUGGUGAUGACAAUCAUUAUAUCAACAUUAAUGAUUGUCGGAGUUUUUAAGAGAAAUCAUUUCUGUAUGGUACCUUGGGUAGCAUUAGGUAUUAUGAUAUGUGUUGGUUUGCUGGUUUCUGUUAUUUAUACUGCUAUAGUCUACUUUAUUGAUGGUUUAACCAUUGUAGGCAUAUUGUGGUUAGUUAUCGGUUUAAUUUCCGUUGCACUCUUUACAUAUAGUUGGUGUGUUGUGUAUUCUUUGUACACAAUUAUGUCAGAAGAAAAUCAACGAGGCAUUUACAACAAAAGUCCUUAUCGAAGGUAAAUUUAUUUACCCAAGGACACCAAGUCUAAUCAUCAUCACGAAUUAUUUAUUUAUAUAAAGCAAUUGUUAGAUUUAAUUUAAUUUGACUAAUGAAUGAAUUUCAUAAAUUAUACAAAGGUUAUUUAUAUUUAUAUACAUUAAAGAAUUUUAAAUAACAUAAUUAUAAGUCUUUUUUACUCAAAUAUAUAUUUUAUUUUUUUAAGAACUAAACAAUGUUAUAAAUUUUUAGAAAAAAUAAAUAAUAAAAGUAACAAAAUAUAUUUACAUAA